CGAGUGGAGUUCAUGCUUGUUUGGUCUGACUGUAUUGGUGCAGGUCAGAGGGACAAUAGUGAGAGAACGAGGAUAUCCGAAGAUCUUUUCCUUGGAGGAGUCAGUGAAGAGCUCUUGCUAAACUAACAACUUUGUGAGGGUGUUUUCUGCAUUUCCUUCACCUUUGUCCUUAUCUGCUGGCUGGGAUGAGGGGGCUGAGGAGCCUUAUUGUCGGGCUCCUGUCGGCCUUCUUCUCCACUGCCUUUGGUCUUUAUUUCCCUCCUCACGUGGAGCAGCUGCCGACCAUCACCACUCAGACCUCAGGCUCUCUCGUUGCCUUGCCAUAUGAUGAGAACUUCCUGUUCAAGUGUGAAGCCAAAGGCAACCCAAGACCUACGUACCGCUGGACGAAAGAUGGGAUGGAUUUUGACCCACAUAAAGACCCUCGGCUCAUUAAAGAAGAAAGUAGUGGGACCUUUGUGAUACCCAACACUAAAGAGAAAGUGAAAUACCAGGGAAAGUACAGAUGUUAUGCCUCAAACAAGCUCGGAACUGCAAUAUCAGAGGAAUCUGAAUUUAUUGUGCCUGUGGUACCCAAGUUCCCCAAGGAGAAGACAGAUGGCAGCUAUCUUCGACACAUUGAGCAGAAUGAGAGGGUGUCCAUGGGCCUCAGUGGGAAUCUGUACUUCUCUAAUACACUGGUGACAGAUAGCCACGAUGACUACUGCUGUUUUGCCUCCUUUUCCAGGAUACGCACAAUCGUUCAGAAACCCCCCAUGGCCCUGAGGGUCAAGCCAAGCCAGGCGGAUGAUGACAUCACGACUGUUCAGAAGAGGAAGCCUAGCAUUUUGGUGCCCUCCAGUCAUUCAAUGACAUACCUAAAAAAAGGAGAAGAGCUGGAGCUGGAGUGUAUCGCAGAAGGACUGCCUACACCGGUGGUAGAAUGGAUCAAGAUGUGGGACAACUUACCAAAUCGUACACAAAUCAAGAACUAUGGAAAGCUUCUGACUAUACCAAACCUCACAGAUCAGGAUGAAGGGAAAUACAUGUGCAAAGCCAAGAAUGAUCUUGGUGAAGCUGUGCAUCAUUUUCAUGUUGUUGUGGAGGAACUGCCCAGCUGGCAGGAGGAGCCAGUGAAGAGUCAGUUAGCAGAGAUUGGAUCUGACAUCCACAUCAAGUGUUCUGCUAGAGGAAAACCACAACCCACAAUCACCUGGAAGAGAAAUGGCCAGCCUCUUGAUGAUUUUCCUUCUACCAAUUACAAAAUGCUUGAUGACAGAAUAAUCAUCCUCAGAGCAGAGCAAAAUGACACUGCCGUGUACCAGUGUGAGGCCUCCAACAAGCACGGGACCCUGCUUGUCAACACUAACGUGCUUGUCAUGAAUCAUCCCCCUUUGAUUCUGACGCCAAAUUAUCUGGAGUACGCGACCAUGUUAGACAAGAGUGUGAUUAUGGACUGCAGAGUCUUUAGUUCACCACCUGCCAGCAUUAACUGGAGAAGAGAAGACCCAGAGGGCUCUCUAGAUGGAGAGAGAUAUUCUCUCCUGAAGAAUGGCUCCCUGCAGAUUCACAAAGUCGAGAUGGAAGAUAUGGGCCAGUACAAAUGUUUGGCAAACAACUCCGAAGGCACCAUGAGCCUCACCACUGAACUUUUCAUUAAAGAUUCAACGAGGAUCGUCAAACCUCCUCAAGACAUGAAGGUCAAAAGAGGAUCAAUGGCGGAGCUGGAGUGCCAGGUGGAGUGCGAUCCCACCCUCGGAAGAGAGCUGGAGAUCUUGUGGAUGAAAGAUGGGAUGAAUAUCCUCUCAAACUUCUCUGAAGGAUAUUUCACAGAUGAUGGAAUUCUCCAGAUUGUCAAUGUGAGCCACAGUGAUAAAGGGAAAUACACCUGCAUUGUUCGAACAUCACUGGACCAAGAUACAGCUUCUGCAUACAUAACUGUGUUAGAUAUCCCAGAUCCACCGGUUCAACUGACACUCACUGAUCUGAAAGACCGCAGUGUGAGGCUCCACUGGACGGCCGCCAGUGAUCAUAACAGUCCCAUAACAGAGUUCAUCAUCCAGUACGAAGAGAACCACUGGGAGCCGGAGAAGUGGAAGGAGCUUCUACGAGUCGCAGGCAGCCAGUUCUCUGCCCCCUUGACGCUCUACGGCCACAUUAACUACCAGUUCAGAGUCAUCGCUGUUAAUACUAUUGGGAAAAGCCGUCCCAGCAUGCCCUCCGAAAGAUAUAAGACACCUCCCUGUGCUCCCGACAGGAACCCAGAAAACAUUAAGAUUGAGGGUCACCUGCCACAUCAGAUGGACAUCAGCUGGGAGCCGCUCUUGCCUGUGGAGCACAACGGUCAAAGUCUGGAAUACAAACUGAGCUACAGGCUCAUGGGUGUCGAGGACAGUUGGAAAGAACAGAUGGUGAAGAGACACUCAUUUGUGGUGCGAGACACCCCAACAUUCGUCCCCUACGAGGUCAAGAUCCAGGCCUUUAACCAUCACGGGUGGGCACCAGAGCCCAGAGUGGUGACUGGUUAUUCCGGAGAAGACAUGCCCUUGGCGGCUCCUGAAGACGUAUCUGUGGAGGUGUUGAACUGUACGAUGCUGAGGGUCAGCUGGUCACCGGUGCCCCAAUCCGCCUUGAGGGGCCAUCUUGGAGGAUACACUGUGCACUGGUGGCAAACUCAAAGUCUGUUGACCUCUAAGAGAAUUCCCUCAGAGAGACAGUCUCUCACCAUGCCUGGAAACAGGAGUCGCACCAUGGUACCGGGACUGAAGCCAUUCUCUGAAUAUAGCCUGACUGUCAACGUCUUUAACCGGAGAGGGAAUGGGCCCAGCAGCAGUCCCAUCUCUUUCACAACUCCACAGGGAGUUCCUGAGCAACCUCCCAUCCUGAGAGCCACAAACUUUCAGAAAGACUCCAUCACGCUGGUGUGGGCGCCUCCGCAUGAAACCAACGGCUUUCUCACGGGAUACUUGCUGCAAUAUCAGACAGUUAAUGAGACUCUGGGUGAGCUGAAAUCUGUGAACAUCAGUGCAUCAGAUACAACACAGUGGGUCUUGCGUGAUCUGCAGGAGGACAACUGGUAUACGUUCUACCUGAGUGCGUGCACACAGGUGGGCUGCGGGUCAGCCAUCAGUGAGGAAGGAGGCACCGUCUCUGAGGCGUUGCCUAGUAAACAACUCAUGGCAUCCCAGGAGUGGUUUGUAGUGAUGAUGUGUGCGGUGGCAUUACUAACUCUGCUUGUCCUCAUCGGCUGUUUUGUGCUCAAGAACAAAGGCGGCAAGUACGCAGUGAAGGAAAAGGAGGAAACUCCCGCUGAUCCCGAAGCUCACGCCAUGUGUGAAGAAUCUCCUUGCGAGUACAGUGACAAUGAUGAGAAGCCGCUGAAGAGCAGCCAUCAAUUGUUCACAGACAUCAAAGCGGAUGAUAGCAGCGAGGACAGCUCUGUGAUGUCGGACGACGACGACUGCGAGUUCAACGAAGACGGGUCGUUCAUCGGCGAGUACUCGGGGUACAAGCGUAGGGUGUCCACAGAGGUGAACGGACACACCCCGGUGACUUCUUAAUGCUGGUUCAACCUUUUAAAAAACUUUUAAACUAUUUUACAGGGAGAACGAGAAGUUUGUUUGUAAGAUGUGCCAUGAAUGUGCCUAUGUUUUGCUUUUGCGUGAAUGGCCACUUCUUUACAGUAUUAAUAUGAAGGGUGAUGACAGGUUAUAGUUCCGGCCAACAUGAAAAUUAUGCCAUCAUUUACUCAUCGCUGUACUGUUUCAAACUGGUACGACUGACUUUUUAAGACAUUUAGUAGAAUGUUCAUGGUGCUCUUUUCUUACAAUAAAAAUA